UUAAACAUGAAUCACUCUAAGGCACAAUGUGUGUCUCUAUUAAUAUUGACAAAUACACCGUAUUCACGAUAACAUAUUUUCUCUUGUUAUUUUGGAGACAUUUCUCAAAAUUCUAAAUAGAAAUAAAAUGCAGGUGCCACCUUACGUUUGUCUCGAGCACUCUAGCAUUUCAUUCCUGAAUGAAAACGUAUUAAUGUACUGUGAAACUAAUGCAUGCUACAGUAAAACGAGACAAACGGGAAAUGUUGCUUGUUCAUUUAGUAAAAUCUGGAUGUAGUCUUGGAUCGUGCAGGUAUCAGUCCAAUGGAGACACUGGUUGCGGCCACUACUCAGGCCGAGCACGGUGCACAUCUUCUUAGGCAGCUGGACAAGAUGAGAGGUGCCCAGGAGCUCACUGAUGUGGUUCUUGUGGCCGGUGGGAAUUCCUUCGCCUGCCACAAGGUGGUGCUCUCUGCAUUCAGCCCAUACUUUCAGGCCAUGUUUACGUGUGGUCUGAAAGAAACGAGGGGAGGUGAGGUACCCCUGCGAGACACUCCAGCCCACAGCCUGGAACUUCUCCUAAGUUACAUGUACCGCGCUGAGCUUCACCUGUCCAACGACAACAUUCAGGCAGUGUCUGCGGCCGCCUUCCUGCUCCAUGUCGACGGAGCAUUCCGGUUGUGUCAAAGGCACAUGGAGGCUCGGAUGGACGCUUCCAACUGUGUUGGUCUGUACCACUGGGCCAGAGACUUGGGGGCCACUGGUUUGGCUGACUGUGCGUUCCGAUAUCUCUGCCAACACUUUACACAGGUUUGUGAGGAACAAGAAAUCUUGGAGCUGGAUGCUCCAAGUCUUGGAGAUCUGCUGGCUUCGGAUGACCUCAACAUUUCACAGGAGGAGCUGGUGUUGGAGCUGCUGUUGCGUUGGGUGGCGAUGCGUCGAGGGGACUCACAGAGCGAAGCUCAGGCUGUGGCAUUACUCGGGCGUGUCCGGCUGGAGCUGGUGGACCCGGUGUUCCUCUGCAAAGCUAGGAGAAGAAACCCUGUUUUGCUGCGGGAUUUUGAGUGCUUUAGAAUGAUUGACGCGGCCCUCCAGCCCUCAUGUCUAAGCGAGGCAUCGGCCCCACCUCGACCAACCCUUCGUUAUGGGAUGGAGACCACCAACUUCCUGGUCUGCCUGGGAGGCAUAAACCAGGGUGGGAUUCCUUCCCGUCGUGGGGGUCUUGCUGACCUCAGUUUUUGUUACGCUCCCACGACGAGAAAGACUUACUACAUCCCCUCUCCUCUGACGGGCUAUAUGGGCAUCGGGCAGAUCUCAGCGGGAGCUGUGACUCGUGACAACAACAUAGUGGUUGCUGUAGAGGCAGAGGAUGAACGCAGGAUGAAGAGAGUGGACAUCUGCAGGUACAAUCCUGCUGAGGAUCACGCCUGGGUCAAGCUUUGCUCAGCAGGACACAGAGACAUGUAUGCUUUAGGGAUGCUGGGCGACGCACUCUACAUGAUGGGUGGUCAGAUGAAAGUGGACCAUCAUUACGUCAUCACGGACAGCGUGAUGAGGUGGUCGCUGAAGCGAGGAGGCAGCUGGAUCUCUUUCGCCCCACUUCCUAUUCCUUUAGCCUGCCACAGCACCGUAAGCCUCAAGGACCACCUCUACGUGCUGGGAGGCUGGUCGCCACAGAACCAUCCAGAUGAAGAACCAGACAAGUUGAAUAACCGAGUGUUUCAGUUUGAUCCCGGUAAAGACAGAUGGAAAGAAUGUGCCAGGACGAAGUACUCGAGGUAUCGCUGUGGCACAGCCAUUCUCAAUGACGAAAUCUACAUUUUAGGUGGUAUAGGGUGUGACGGGGAGGACCGUGGCCAAUCACGUCGCUCUCUGAGCUCUGUAGAGAUUUACAACCCAGAAACAGACACAUGGAGGCCAGGCCCAACUCUACCCACCUCGCUCCUCUCCCUCCGGAACAACACCUCUAAUGUCGGAGUAGUGCAGGGAAAACUCUACGUCUGUGGAUACUAUAAGGGAGCUAGCCGUCAUGAGAUCAUCACCAAGGAGGUUUGGGAAUUGGAUCCUGCUGAAAAUGUGUGGGCAGCGGCAGAAAGACAUGCAGCAAUGCACGACAGCUAUGAUGUCUGUCUGGUGGCUAACCUCAAUCCGCGUGACCUCCUCACGCAAUAAAACCUCCCUUUAUGGCUCGGAGCAACAACUGUGUUUGAACCAAGGAGCUGAGGGAGGUGACCCUCCGACCUCACAACUUAAAUUUAUGACCUGAAUGGCCCCCUGGGAAUCACAAACUGACGGUGGAUGUGAAAACUCUGGACGGUCUUCGUGUGGGCUUGUUGAGCUAACAAGCCCAGCUUGGUCAUUUCUGCUUGGGAGGCAAAUAAGGUCUUCAGACUGAUAUGAAGGGGGAAAAAAAUAUUGGAUUGUCGGUCACAACGUUUUGCAAAUGAUAGCUACGUGUCAUGAGUAUGGUUGGGAUUCUGCUUGAAUCCCCUGUAUGGACUCAUAGAUAAGUUAUUCUUGCAUUAAAUUGUAAGGAACUGAAUUUGUAAAUGUAAUCAGUCCUUGCUUGUAGUUUUGUUAAAACUUACUUCAAACUGUGCCUUAAUAAAAAUAAAGAAAGUAGGGCAUGCAUUAUAACCCCCAAAAAUAGGUACAAUUGUACAAAUCACUGUCCAGUACUGUGUAUUAAAUAGUAAGUAUCUUUCGGCUUGUCCCUUUCGGGGUCGCCACAGCGUGUCAUCUCAGAUGAACGCACAUAUAUGUUUGGCACAAUAUGAAAUGCAUAUUGGAAAGAAAGUAAAAAUGACACCACCUGCUGGAUGUUGUAGGGCCCUACUGCUAUGACGGCAUUAUCUCAAUUUUCCUCCGCCUCGUACUGUUCGAAAUGAUGUUUUCUUUUUAUGUGCUUGCUGUCGCUGUUUAUUUAUGACCCGAGUCAUCUUUAUUUUUUGCUAAUUCAUCAGUUUAAAUUGCAAUGUUUGACUUUUAUCAAGUUAUUUG